GUUUCCAAAGGAAAGUAAUAGUUAUGAAAGGAUUUUAUCUUCUAUUUAUUGCCCUCUUCAUUCAGAAUGUUCCUUCCACUACACAAGGUAAAUAAACAAGGCAUUGUGGUCCAGUUGAGAUUUUCAAAGUUCUCAGUUUGUUCUUCAUUACUGACUCUGUGACCCUCACCAAGCUCCUCUUCCAGCCAGACCGACAACUUUACAGACAUGUUAACAGUUGUACUGUGCACCUGUGAAGUGGUUUGAAUAAAAGUUUCAGAUAAGUCAUUUUUAUUUUUUCCUAAAUGAUUGUUAUCUGGCAGGCAGCAGCAAGGUCUUAAAAAUACUUAAUAUUAGUGUGGUUUGGAAUUUACUUUUUAUAAUGCCUUGUAGAAAAACGGCCCACUCUGUUUUUGGUUCUCACAAAGCAAGCAUAGUCAGUGGGAAAAAAAAUGUUGGCGAAACAUUUAACGCCAGGCUGAGUUCAGAAGCAACCGAGUCAGCUUUAGGUAAAUAUCUGAAAAAGGUUAUAAAAUAAUUAAGUUUCACUAAGGGUUGAACGAAAUGAAAAUUUUAUAUCAAACACUUACAUGACUUCAAAACUUUACAUGUUGUGGUUAUUUGAGGGAAUGACAGGCUGAUACAUGGAUACACUUCUGGGCGCCAACCUGGCCGUCUCUGUUUACUCAUACGAUUAAACAAAGAUAAUGAUCAAUGGCAUGAAAAAGAAACACAAAUUACUGUCACCAAAAUAACUUGGCUAUCACAAUAAAGAUUGCUUUGUCUGCCAACAGAUCAGAGUGGAGCUCUUUUGCUCAGGUGGCUUGGAUAACAUGUGACGCUUCCUUCUGGGUGGUCGUGCUUUUAUGGUCCAGUGACUGGAAGGGGUGGAGUCACUUGGCAGGCAGGAGGAGCGUUGAUGGGUUCAAUGUCCAGUUCUCAUUGAAAAUGUUGUAAUGUUAUAUUUGGGAACACAAAGACCUCUUAAGUUACAUUGUCUGAUCUACCAAAUUACAAAUUAUCAUGAAAAAUAACAAGUCUUUUAUAGUGUCUUCCUAAUGGAAUAACACAACUAAGAAACCGAAAGAGAUGCUUUACUCCUCCACAGACCAUGAGAAGUACCUCUAAUAAACAUUCAGGACUUACUUCAGAGGCCUAAGGCUGCAAGCAAAACAGAAUCCCCUUCUACUUAUGAAAGCUCCAUCUUGACAGAUUAUUCAAGAACAUUAUACUUUAAAAUAACAAUCGAUAGUGGUGUUCGUGUUCCAGAUUACGUUGCCAAUGUUUCUUCAGGAUCGGCCAAUUUCAGAUUUGGUGAUCUCAAUGCUACUACCAAUUGUAGUAAUGGAUAUUGCCAAUGUGAACAAUAUUAUCAGUGGCCAGACCAGACAUGUGUAGGAAUGCAGGUUUGCAAUGUGUCAUCCAUUGAUUCUCCACCUAGAUGCCAGUCUAUACACAGAGUUCAUAUUUCAGGAGAACUAACUCUUAAUGAGAGCCCUGAAUAUCUUCAAAUACCAGCAAAGGUUAAUGAGUUCCAACAGCAAGCCAAUGCUAUUCUCAAGCCAGUUUUCAGUGUUUUGCUUGGAUAUGAUGGUUUGAGUUUGGGUGCACCCAGGUCUGGCAGCAUCAUUAUUCCUUUUGAUAUAUUUGUUAAUGAUGUUAGUGGACAGAUCAACUCUAGCUGGCUUAAUUUAGCAGUUAGCAACUUCAAGGGCACAGUAUCUUUAAAAGUGACAGGACUUGCGAAACUCAGCACAACAAGUGAUAAAGUAAAAUACAAUGAAAAAGUGAAUUUUACUUGUUUAUUUGAGUCCAGUCAUCAGGUGGAGUGGUCUAUAUCUGCUAACAAUAACACAACACCAAUCGUGAAUGGCAGUAAUGCAGUCUUAUCUAACGGGCCUAGUGGGACCUACAACCUCAUUGUUUUAUCAGCCAUUCAAAACUGGCAAGGAAACUAUACCUGCAAGUUUCAAGACAAAAAUAUUACCUACCUAGCCAGCACAUUCCUUCAGAUAGCCUUUUUGCCUGAAACGAUUAUUGGAUACAUGGAGCCACAGUUUCCAGAUUGCAGAACUCCAAGAACGGAACAAGUUGUGACUGUGAUAUGCAACAUUACAAAUGAUUUCGAGCAAUACAACAUAACUUGGAACACAGACAGAAAUAUUUCUAAUAUCUUGCCUACGAACCCCUCAGGCUCUGUCAUUUCCUCCAAAAAUGUUGUUCUUUUGUCAUGUAACAAACCAUCAAAUUUAAACUGUACUUUCACAAAUACAAUGAGCCAGUCUAAAAGUAUGGUCAUCCCUGUUUUUGUGAUAAAUGAUUCAUCUGACUAUUGCAACGUUGAUCAGAAUUGGCCAUUAGCUUUAGCCAAUCAUGCUGCAGUCUUAUAUAAUUGUGAUCCAGGGAAAACAGGGAACAAGACACGACGUUGUGUAAGCAAAAACACCUGGGGGAAUGAGAUUGACCUUUGCACUACUGUAACAUUAAAUGAUAUUUAUAAACAAGUGCAGGUUCUCAUAUCAGGACAAGGAGUUUUCAAGGAUAAUAUUGCCAGUCUUGUGAAAAAUUUGUCUGAUACUAGCUCGGCCACCAAUACAAUAGAGACUGUUACAGAUAUUGGAACGUCUGUGUUAAUUAUGCACUCUGUAACUAAUGCUGGCAAUGCUAGCGAUUAUCGAUUUAAAGUAGGAGAAAUGAAAGAUAUGGCUACGACAGCAAACAAUCUACUCUACCAAAAUCUGUCUGCGUCCUGGAAUCUCACAACACUUGUAUACAAUCAAUCUACAGCUUCAAGGUUGCUUGCAUCACUUGAAACCAUGUCUGGGAUGGGAGAUGCAGGAAAUCAUUCAAAAACAAAUUUUACAAAUGUGUACCUUGAUAUGAAUCAAGUAAAUGGCACCACUUCUUUCAUUUCUUCUUUUGAUUGCAAUGUUACACUCAAUAGCCUGGUAAUGAAUGGCUCCAACAUAACAAGCCUUUUAUUCAGGACACUCAGCCAGUUUUUGCCCCAAAAUAAUGAUUCUCUAUCACAGUCUAAUACUGUGAAUAGUUUUAUUCAAACAGUAACUUCUACUAAAGACAGUACGGCUGAAAUAUCUUUUCGGCUACUAAAGAGAAGAAAUUCAAGUUAUCAAAUUUAUUGUGCCUACUGGGAUUUUACAAAAAACAAUGGAAAUGGAGCAUGGUCAACCGAUGGAUGUGAAUGGAAGAAAUCGACGGUCAGUACUGAAGUAAUCAAUUGUUCCUGCACUCACACAUCCUCUUUCACCGUGCUCAUGUCAAUAGAUCCCAUUACGUUACCAUACCUUGAUAUGAUCACUUACUGCGGCUUAGGCAUAUCCAUCUUCUUUCUUACUGCCUGCCUUUUUAUUGAAUACAUUAUCUGGAGUGCAGUGGUUAAGUCAAGCAUUUCUUUAUUUCGGCAUGUAGCUCUUGUCAACAUUUGCUUGUGUUUGUUGGUCGGCAACUGCUGUUUUUUAGCAGCAUCGUUUAUCAACAAGUCAAUUAAAACCAACUUGUGCUUCGGAUUGGCCAUCGCCAUGCAUUUUUGUUUUGUGGCCAUGUUUUUUUGGAUGCUCUGUCAAAGCCUAAUGCUACUUCAUCAGUUACUUUUUGUAUUCCAUCAACUAAGAAAGGCAACAUAUAUUCAAAUUUCUUUCCUUUUUGGCUACAUCAUUCCUGCAGGUGUGGUCCUUGCCGCGUACUUCUAUUUUCAAGAUGACUAUGUUAAUUAUGACCUCUGCUGGCUGAAGUAUAGUGGGGAUCUCUCAGGGUCCAUCUAUUUUUUUGUUGUUCCUACCUUGUCUAUUGUUGCUGCCAAUUACAUGACAAUGAUUAUUGUCAUCUUAAAAAUCAUGAGACCCAAAGUUUCUGACAGCAGUAAUAAGGAAUCAAAAGAGGUGGUUAAGUCGAUUCUGAAAGCGGUGAUUAUCCUGACUCCACUGUUUGGACUGACUUGGGCUUUAGGAUUCUUGACGAUGACAAUUGACCUCACAGAGGGGACUUUGCCAGAGGUGAUUAAUUAUGCAUUUGCCAUAUUAAACUCAUUGCAGGGCCUAUUCAUAUUCAUCAGUGGAUGUUUAACAGACAAAAAGGUUUUAGAAGCCCUUCAGAAAGAGAUAAACUGUUGGCGUUCCUCUGGAUCUGCAACAGAACAUUCAGUCACUUCAAAAUCAUUGUCACUGAAGAAGUAACAUCCACAUAUGCUUCAUAUUACCCGUUUCUGAUCAUUUGAAGAAAGCAAGAAGCAUCAUAAGAACCAGAUUACAAGAAAGGAUCCUUUUGCAUAAACUGUUAUUCUUUUUACUGUGUUAUUUAAUUUGUGCAAAAUACAGAAAUGUUUUUUGAUUUGUUAA